UCUCUCCCUCACUCCUCUCUCUCAUCUUAUAAUAUUAUCUGCAUUACCGAUCCCAUCAACCAUAUCAGCAUGCAGAAUACUCACUCUUACUCGUGCAUAUCCUCUUGUGGCAGUGAUAGUGCCUGCUUAGAAGCUGAUGAGGUUGACAAUGAAGAGUCCAUAUCCCUCUCCCUUGGCCCUCCUAGCCAAUCCAAAUCCAAAGUACUCUCUAAGUAUAACCCAAAACAGUCUUCUACUAUGCAUUAUCAGCAGCAAAACCCUAGCUAUGAUGACUUGAGUGGUGUAACAGUUGCCCUCCACAUUGGCCUUCCCACCACCGCCACCAAACCUUCUUCCACUCCAUUUCAUGGUCGAUAUUGGAUCCCUACUCCUCAACAAAUCCUCAUUGGCCCUACCCAGUUUUCUUGCACAGUCUGUAACAAAACGUUCAACCGUUUCAACAACAUGCAGAUGCAUAUGUGGGGACAUGGAUCGCAGUAUAGGAAAGGAUCGGAUUCAUUGAGAGGGUCAAAAGCAGGUUCUUCAAUGCUGAGGCUUCCCUGCUAUUGCUGUGAGGAGGGUUGCAAAAACAACAUAAACUAUCCAAGAUCAAGGCCACUGAAGGAUUUCAGGACCCUCCAGACACACUACAAGAGGAAGCACGGAGGGAAGCCAUUUGAAUGCAGGAAGUGCCACAAGCCAUUUGCAGUGCGAGGGGAUUGGAGAACACAUGAGAAGAAUUGCGGGAAGCUUUGGUUCUGUGUUUGUGGUUCUGAUUUCAAGCACAAGAGGUCCCUUAAAGAUCAUGUCCGUGCAUUCGGCAGUGGCCAUGCUCCACACAACUUGAGUGAAGAAAGAGGUAAUGAAGGUGGAGAUUAUGAGGGUGAAGUUGUUUUUGUUGCUUUCAAAUAAUACAAUGAAUGUGUAUGUUAGACUCUUGUUUUUUUCUAUGUAACUGAGACUUGGAUGGAUCCAUUAAAAGAUUGUACCUUAUCUGUGGUGUGUGGAAGAAAAGGAGUGCGAGAUCAACAGUGAAAUGAAAGCCAAGGUUCUUGCAUUAAAGGUUUGAAGUGGCAGUCUUAUCAACUUAAAAGGACGUUUUCUUUUGAAGAUACUUUUGCUGUGAUAUUCAGAGAAAGAGAGAGAGUAACGUUACGGAGGGAAUCAAGACUCGAGAGUAAUCGGUGAGUGAGUGCAGGUGAGAAAAGGGACAUGCAGACAAGAGCAGUCACAGAUUCUACUGUUCUUGACUUUGCAUUCGCUGAGUAAUUAUAUAAGCAAAAGUGAUCCCUAGAC